AUGGCGCCAGCUUGGUGCUACCUGGAGAUGCCAGACAGGUGUGUCAUGAUCAGCACGGACAAGUUCACGUUCAGCAACAUCAUGGUGCCCCCCAACCUGAAGGCCUCUCUUGACAGCGUUCAGUUCGAGAUCAUCCGGACGGGAUCGUCCCCUGCUCCUCGAGCGAAGAUCGAGAGCUUAUCUAAGAGGACGACCGUGAUCGUUUCCUCGGAUGGGACCGAGAACUCACUGCCAUGGUUCUGCCUGUGCGAUCUGCGCAAUGGCGACGAGAUCGUCGUCAACCAUGGCGAGGAGGAGGAGGUGCGGCUGAUGUUUCGGGUGCAUGCUUCGGUUUGUGCUCUGACGGAUGGGGGGAAGAAGGAGACGCCGAGCAAGACGCUGGUCCAGUGCACUCCCCCCAUGGAAGGCGUCAAGAGGAGGCGACUAGCACUCGGCGACGACCCUCCGAACCUCGGCAGCUUGGUCGGUCGGGUUUGUGGAGGUUCAUGGGCGGGCGAGGAGGAGCGAGCUGGUGGGCAGGCUGCUGGGUCGGUGGAGGCCCUGCUGCGAGAGAACGAGGCCCUGAGGAAAGCACUGGAGGAGAAUGCUAUGAGGAUGAUGCAGAUCGAGCAAGGCAUGAAGGGGGUGUGCCAAGGCCUGGCCCACGCGGUGUCCGACGCUGCUCGGCUCGUGCGGUCGAUUAGGAAGGAGGAGGAGGCCGGAUGCGACGAAGACGAGAUGAGGGAGCAGUUGAUCAGGGAGGUGAGGAAGAAAUUCCGUCCUCUUUACAAGACCUUGGUGGACUUCAAGGGCAUGAUCGGGUUGUCGGACAACGACUCGGAGGAGGACUCGGGAGGGAGGAUGUAA